AUGACGGCUCAGGGCCGGCAAUUCCUUGCGGUCAUCGGUGAUGAAGACUCCGUAACGGGUCUUCUCCUUGCGGGCAUUGGGCAUGUCACAGAUGGUCCAGAGGCCCAACGAAACUUUUUAGUCGUCGACUCCAAGACCGAGACAUCCACGAUCGAGAAAGCGUUUAACGACUUCACGAAGGAGAGACAAGACAUUGCCAUCGUUCUGAUCAACCAACAUAUUGCGGAACGUAUCAGGGCAAGCGUCGAUUCGUUCGCCGAACCAUUCCCCGCCGUGCUCGAGAUCCCGAGUAAAGACCAUCCAUAUGACCCAGAAAAGGAUAGUGUGUUGAAGCGGGUGCGACGGCUGUUUGGAGAGUAA